CACACAAUUCAGCUGAAUUUUUUCCUGUGGGUUUUUUUUUUUUUUUUUUAACCAGAAAUGAGUUGGCUUGCUGUCUUUUCCUAACUUACUGAUUCAAAAAUACAGAGCAGACAGCUGCUAGUGCUUGCUCAUAUGCACAGCUUUUACAGUUUACACAUACAUGCUUUGGUAAAUUUUGAAUUAAUGCUGCUUCUAUUCACUUAGCUCUGUAUCUCCUUGGAGUGAUGAGCCAAUGCAUCACAAGCAAGAGACUUUCCCAUUUCUUUGCUAAUUCAGCCGUGGUUAGCCUCUGAAAACUAUGUGGCUAUGCAUUGUUUUCAUUAAAGGAAAUAGUUUAGAGUCUUGUUUUUUGACUCUACAAUUUCAACAAAUAUGCUCAUAUUAUGCAAAACGAAUGAAGAAUGGAAGGAAUGGCGGGGCUGAAGUCCAACUGUAAGUUUACUCAGAGGGAAAAUCUGAAGGAAAUCUAUAGUGAAUAGCAGUAUUUGAGUGGGGUUGGCCCCAAAAAAAUACUGUAAGAGCUGUGAGAAAAAGGAUACGGGCAAAGUAGGUCAAGACAGGUACGAACUACGAUGGCACAAACAGCAGUUACAGUGGCAGUAAGUAGCAAGGGUGAGAAAAGGGAGUGCCAAAAAAUCUUGUAAAAAUAUGUUUAUUUUCUGUUUCCUUAUAAAGCUAGUCAAAACACUUUCCCAAAUUAAAGUUUUGCUCCUUUAAUUCUUCCUAGCAUUUGACUGAUUGCUACUGUUGGAAAUGCCUGCACUUUAAGGCACAUUGGGCUCUUCAAUGUUUGCCACAAGGCUCUUCAAACAUGCGAAGAUAUGCGAAAAAGUGCCUGAAGCCAUACCACCACACAGUUCUAGAUCAGUAUCUGACCUCAUCUCACACAUUUAUCUACAGAAUGUUCCUGCCGAGACAAUCUCUGUUAAUCAAUUUACAUAGCUAUGUGCACCAACAUACUUUUAUUGAGAAGUUACUUUACAAUCUUCCUGCUCUAAGCCAUGCCAUGCUACCUGGCCAUUUUUGUAGCAUAUAGCUUCAUAUUUUAGUAAUGCUUUGCUUCAACAAAUUCAGUCUGAUAAAAUACUCACUCUUACACGUCCUGCUUUUGGAAGUAAUGAAAAUCGACUUUCCUAAGCCCUACCAUCUUAUGAAUUAAUCUACAAAAGGAGCACACCACUCAUGAAUGACCAUCACAGCCCAACGCUGCUCUGAAGCCCAAGAAUAGGACAGGGAAAGGAGGAAACCUUUGCUGUUGGGUUGUACAAAGCAAUGAACUGGCAACAUAGCUUAGUAUCAUUAAUUUGUGAACAAGAAGAGUUUCUUGUAGAAAAUUCUGUUCAGUCAUCCUUACUGGGAAUACUAAUAUUGCUUAAGAACGGGAAUAUAACUCAUUUUACUUAGAAGAAAGAUUACAGGUAUAGGUACUUCAGCAUGAAGAGCAACGAUACUUAAAGCACAAGCACUUUGUCUAACAAUUGUCAGUGAAGUAAACAGGGAUGAAUUGUUUCAGGUCCCAAAGCUGCCUUCAGAGGACAUCCCCUCCACCAUCUUGCAAAAAAGUCCGCAUUGUAAUAAACACCUUCAUUAUAGAAGCUUAGCAUUGCAAUAAUAGAGAGCUAAAGUCAAAUACAAACCCCCACCAAACACACUCCCUCCCAAAACAUUAGAGGAAUACCCACAUCUUGCUGUACAGCAGUGGAUGUGGCAAAAGGCUUGGUUAUCGUUAGUGUCUGAGCAACGCUGUGAUUUCAUCACAGGUACCUUCAUUAAUGCUCUGAAUUUCCAGCAGGUGCUGGAUGAUGAAUCACCAGAAAUGUUUAAAACAUUUUCUCAAGAAUCUCUCGUGCCUGGUAAACUGGAAAUUAAUUUUGAGGAAUUGCUGAGACAAAAAAUGGAAGAAGAAAAGAGACGCACAGAAGAAGAGCGCAGGCAAAAGUUGGAAAUGGAAAAGCAAGAAUUUCAGCAGUUAAGACAAGAAAUGGGAGAGCUGGAAGAAGAGUCUGAAACUUUUGAGCUAAGCAAAGAAUAUGAAGAAUUAAUAAAGCUAAAAAGAAGCGGUUCUAUUCAGGCCAAGAACCUAAAAAGCAAGUUUGAAAAAAUAGGACAAUUGUCUCAAGAAGAAAUACAGAAGAAGAUAGAAGAAGAGCGAGCUAAGAGAAGAGCAAUGGAUGAAGAAAUAAGAGAAAGGGAAGCUGAAAAGUUUCAGGAGGUAAGUUGCAUUCUGCGUAUGUUAAUGAUAUACUUCACUAGCACGCUAAUGGUCCAGGACUGGACAGUGCUGCUGCUCUCAGCAAAGUUUGCUGUAUUUCCAAAAUUACUGUCUCCCUUCUUUCCUGUUCCCUCCUGGGGAUGCAUGAGGAAGUCUCACCUCAGCAUCCCUACAGGAAACAGCACCAGUUUAUUAUCAAUCAUCUGGUCAAAGCACAGAUCUAUUACUCUACUCAAAGUCCUCAAUUCAGCAUCUUAACAACCUGAAACCGGCCAGCCUGAGGGCUUGAAACAUUAGUAUUUGAGAAUGAAUCUAUUAAUCAUCACAUGAACUGCUUCUCCUUCUGAACUCUAGUUCAUUCUCCACUGUAUGAAUUAAAAAAACGCACCAAACCCAAACAAUACCAUUUGAAGAUCAAGUCUUUUUAGCGUCUUUGCUCAUUUCUCGGGGUAGCAGAGAAGGACACCUACUGAUCUACGCUUCAGGCUGGAACCUCUCUCAGUUUUUCAGGGGGGGAAAACAAGAAAUGAGGCUAUCAGUCAAACCAAUAAAUCAACACUAUGCUCUGUGACCCAAAACGCCACCGUGAGCUUUCACGACAUAAUCAUGUGGUGGUGCAGGAAAUGUACCAGCAGUAAGCCUGAUCUGAGCCUC